AAUACCAGUUCCAGCUGAUUGAUUACUAAACUUGAUUAAGAAUGGCGAAAAUAAUACCACCUCCGCAUUCAUUUACAAUUAAAAUAAUGUUGUGAUAGUUUUAGAAUAUGAACCGGUGAAAAAAUAAAAACCACAUUAUGGUUAUAGGCAGAUGUUAAAAUGUAAAACUUUAAAGACCUUUUUUAAAUUUUAACUUAAUUACAACCUUAUUGCCACUUACAUCUUAUAAAAAUUUACAAAUUGUAAUGAUCUCCAUUCGGCGCCCAAAUUUUUUUCGGAAACCUGAGAGAUGCAGAAAAUUUUGGUCGUACCUCCUCACCGCCCUGGCGUCGGCAGCUUUUAUUGUGUUUGCGGGGCUACCGGUGCUCGACAGCGCAGCGCAGCAGGAAGUGGUCCUGCAAAAUCGUCUUCUUGGUCCCCUCGACGCUGACGAUCCUUUCGUACUCAAGGAGAUCCGUCAGAAGUACCUCUUCGAUGCUCCUGGCCCUUCCUUGAUAUCAAAUGACAUCAUCAUAGAAAUGACUACCGGAUACGAGAUGAAGAGUUUUUCUUUCCAAUUUUACGAUAGGGUUGUUAAUGAAUUGUUCAUAAGCAAUAACAUUACGGGGGAAUAUUUUAUUGAGGCGGGAGCCUUGGACGGCGUGUACGCCUCCAACACACUGAAGCUGGAGUUCUUGCAGCAGUGGACGGGCUUGCUCGUAGAGCCCGACCCCGACAUGUUCGAGCUCCUCUUGAACACCAAACGCAACAGCCAGGCGAUCAGGGCGUGCAUUUCACCACAUUCUUACCCCUACAAGGCAUUGCUGCGAACACUCUCACCUGAAAAAUCUCCUCAUGAUUCUGCUAUUUCAUACAAAAGCAUGACUUCGCUAGUCUUUGAAGAAUCCGAUGACCGAACUUUCAAUGGCUUCCCAACCUAUCGAGAAGUUAUUUGUUUCCCGAUAAGGAGCAUCUUGUUGGCUGCCCAAGUGUCGCACGUCACACUCUUCUCCCUGGAUAUUGAAGACGCUGAAUGGAAAAUACUUGAAACUUUUCCCUUCGAGUCUGUGAAGGUGGACGUGUGGUUUGUCGAGCACAGGACGCGUGAUGACGUCACAGGAGCGCUCACUACGGCCUACGACCCUGAAUUUGUCAAAUGGUUCGCGGCUCGCAACUACAGUCUCUACGACUUCCACCUGAGCAACGUCCCAGACUACGUCUUCAUCUACAACAACAGCCGCUUCAGAAAUAUCAGACCCAAAACUACGCAAGCGUAGAUGACUGUUGUUAUGGAUACAUGUCAGAAAUUCAUGCUAAUAAAUGAAUAUUUAUACAUAUAUUAAACUUAAGGUAGUUUCGAAUCCCAUUUGUCCACUUCAUUGACAUUAAAUUCUCACACGCAGUUUUGUUCCAUUAAAGUCAACUAUAGAUGAUGAGAGUUUUUAGGAUAAUUUUAGAAUUUUCUCACCAUUGUACGUUGGUGAAAUAUUUAUCGUUGGACCAUUGUACUAAGCUAAAUUAGAUUUAAUCAAGUUUACAUUCCUCGAAAGCCUUUAAAAUUUACUCGCAUAAACGGAGUUAAAAUA